GUGCCUUUAAUCUAGUCAACCAUAAAUACAUACUGUAAAUGUCAUUGCAUGGAACUUUAACCACUUAUACCUCGUGUGUUGACGAAUUGACAAUGACAAAUACAAAAAUUUUAACGGAUUUUUUAUUUUUAGUUUUGAUCUUAGGUUGAUUCGUGAAUGUGCGUGAACCGGACUGUUUAAAGGUAAUUUUUUGGUACCUACCUAUUUGGUGGAUUUACUGCGAUUUUCAAAAUGUCUCAACAAAAUACCAAAACUCCUGCUAUGGUGCUCCAAGAAUUCACGGUAAAGCGUGGUUUCUCUCCUCCUGAAUACAUCCUGGUAAUGAGCAAAACCGGUACACAUGAAAACGAAUUUCACUACAAAGUUAAUGUUGCAAAUGUGCGUGGAAUGGGAUUUGGACGUUCAAAACAAGUAGCAAAACAUAACGCUGCAAGCAAAGCGUUAGAAAUUCUUGCCGAGCAAGGUUUAUAUGACCCUAGUAGCAACCCUGCUCAAGAGUUUAAUGCACAAUCUCAUAGAAAUGAAUCCGAUAGCCCCUUAAAGCCGCCAGUUAAUUUUAUAGGGAAUUUGAAAGACAUGUGCUGUGAAUUAAAGCUUCCUUAUCCGGAAUUUAAGGAGAUUUCUGACGUUGGGCCUCCACACUGCCGGGAAUUUACUUACGAAUGUAGUAUUGCUUCAAUAACAACUCAGGCAACUGCUAAUACCAAAAAGCAAGCUAAGCAACUUGCAGCACGAGAUAUGCUGGAGAAAAUUAGGGAAACGUGUCCAGAACUAACAGAACAGUUUACUGCUGAGUCUAACAGCAUUACGUCAGAUAGUCAUGAAGUCCUUAAGAAAUACAGUGAAUUAUCAACAACUCUAGAUGUUAUCCCUAACAGAGCAGUCAUGAUUGGGGAAUUUUCGACAGCUAUUAAGAAGAGAAUGAUAGAAAAAAAUGUUUCUUUUGAAGAUUUCCAAGAACAGUUUAAAUUGAAAAAUAAAGUAGGAAUUGAUUACAUUUUUGAAAAAUUAGAUAUUAAAUACAACAUAGAAUUGUUUCAAGAAACUCCUCCAAUACUUUGCGCGUUGUUUGGAUUAGAUACACCUUUUACUGUAAUGGCUGUUGGACGUAGUGAAGAAGAUUCAAUGACAAAACUGAUUCAUGAGAUAUAUGUAAUUUUAGAUAUUUAUAUGAACAGAGGAUAGUUGUACAGUAACCUUUUCUUUUAGAUAAAUGUAUUGACUUGAAUUAAGAAUAAUAUUUUUUUUUUAUUUAAGGGUUAUUUUUGUUUGAUAGUUCUCCGUAGUUUGAAACAAAAUUAUAACAGUUAACUGCU